UCUCUCUUCAUCCAUCUUCCUCCUUGCGUUUUGCGCGCAAAAAAUUGAUUGUGUGUGGAAAACUCGCAACCGGCAACAACCACUGCCACCGACAUCGACAUUGUCGUCGCAUACAACACCCCCUGCCCCUCUUCCCUCCUCGUCUAAUUCUCCCCUACUUCUUCCCCACCUUGCCGUAUCAACCCCAUCCUCUCGGCAACCCCGCCAACCACCACUCGGGUUCCAGCGGGGCCCGAACACAACACCUCAACCAACCCCGUUACCCUUCCCGACCACGAUCACGAUCGUGGUCCUCACCGUUCCACAUGUCCUCUUCAUCCAUCUCCUCCUCCUCCCGUCGUGACAAACCGGGAGGCCGGGGCCGCUGGAUCUCGACGGCCAACAAGUUCAAGGUGGCCGAAGCCUUCCAGAGCGUUGGGCGCAGGCGCAUGUUCCGCCAAGUUAUCUCAAGAGCCAAGAACAUUGUGGCAGUGCGCAUCUUCGACAGUGACGUGUGUGGUAUUGCCGUCUUGCACGAGGAUGGCCAGAUCAUUCUCAUUGACAAAGGAUCCGGCAAGAUCCAAUAUGACACGUUCAUCGAAGCAGUGGAGACGUCCAUCAUCAAAUCCGCCGCAUUCGCGCAUCACGCAAACAUGAUUGCGGUGUACACGACGAAGAAACGGCUUCUCAUCUUUGAUCACGGCGCUGAGUUCAACGGGUUCGACGCCAAGCUCUCCAUCAACGUGGUGCCGUUGAUGGAAGGAAAGAAGUGCACGCUGCGCGUCAUCGUCUGGUCGCGUGAUGACGCUCUCGUCGCCGCGGGUGGCGAAGACCGCGUCGCAAGGGUGUAUGAUGUGCGAACUGGGGUGCUGGUUCACCGCAUCGCAAACUUCCAUCACGACAUCAUCGUCGGCAUGGACUUUCACCCCACAGGCCGCUUCCUUGUCACGGGCAGCAAAGACAAGCACGCGCGCGUGUUUGACCUCUCCCGCUCGGACCCCUCAUUGGAACUCGAACACAACGCCGAGGGGCGCUGCUACGCCGUUGUGUUUUCGCCAGACGGCUCUCGCCUCGCUGUCGGCGCAGACAACAACAAGACGGUGCUGAUUGAUCUGAAGCUCCAGCGGGUGAAGCAAACGCUCGAGGGCCACAAGGACUACGUGCGCGCCGUCAUGUUCACGCCAGAUGGGCGUCGAAUCCUCACUGGCGGCAAGGACGGGCAGCUGUAUUUUUAUGAUGUCGCGACCGGCCAGCCGCUGCUGCCAAUUCGGCGGAUUGGAUGGACAGUGAUGAUGGCGCAGUCCACAGACGGGUACCAGUUUGUCACCGCAGCCCAGGACAAGUCCAGCGGCCCUGUGCUGCAUCUGAACAUCUUCAACAUCUUCCACGACCGGAGCUCGGACAUGCUGAUGACGAUGAAGUUGACGUCGCCCGUGACGGCGCUCUGCUUCAGCAAGGAUGGCGAGAAGAUGUUCUCGGGCGGCAAGAACGGCGUCGUGUCCAUGCAUGACAUCACCACCUUCCAGGAGGAGGCUGUGCUGCGGCUGCACACCAAACCCGUGAGCAGCAUUGCAACGGCGCCAUCGGGCCACGUUGCUUCUGCAUCUGAGGACGGCUCUCUCGUCGUCUUCGACUCCGCCAACCCGAACGACGAGGUCGCCACCGUGCACGUCAGCAAGACGCCCUUGACAUGCACGGCACUAUCGGCCUGUGGGCGCUGGCUGGCGUGUGCAAACGUGGCGGGCUGCCUCUUCAUCUUCGACGAAACAAACAACCUCGUGUGCCACCACCAAGUGUGCGAUGCGCCCGUGAGUGCAAUUGACUUUGGGUUUCUCGAGCGCCACGGUGCAGACGCUGCCAGCGCCAACGACAGCAGCGACCGCCCCGCCGGCAACGAUGAUGACGACGCCGGCGAUGCAUCGGCAGGAAUGCGCAACGGGUCUGUGCUCAUUGCGGUGGCGUGCCACAACAAGAGCACCGUUGUUCUCGACGUCGCAGACGCAGUGAACGAGUACUUGAACGACGGAAUUGUUGAGGAAGCGGUCCGCUUUGUCGUCACAGGCCACGACAAGGAGGUGUACUCUGUGCGGUUCAGUGCGGACAGCUCGUAUCUCGCCACGGGGUCGCGUGACAAGACGGUUCGCAUCGUCGAUGUGGAGACGGGGCAGGUCAUCGCCAAGAUGGUCGGCCACGUCGACCACGUGAAGGGUGUCUGCUUCACUCCCAAGGAUGAGGUCGUCUCUGUUUCCCUUGACGGCACCUGCCGCGUCAUUCCAAUGGACGAAAACGUGGAGGACCGGAAUGUGCGUUUCGUUGAGCUGCCGUCGGGCGCUCUCUGUGUCGACGCAGCGCCGACGGAGUCGCGAUUCGCCCAGCUCAUUGCCGUGGGCUGCAGUGACAGCCGCAUCUGCUUCAUCGACCUCAGCUUCACAAACCAGCAGCCGCUGUUCCGAGAAGCGCAGAUGAUCGCUGAGCGGGCAAAGGCGACCGGCGACUACACCAUGAUGUCUGCUGUCGUCAAGCGAUACCCGCUCGUCGUGCACAGCGAGGAUCGACGUGGGAACACGCUGUGCCACUAUGCCGUGAUGCAAGAAAAUGACACAUUGCUCAACAUCCUGCUGUCUGCCAAGUUGCCCGAGUUUUGGCUCCCCGUCAACGCUGACGGUGCAGACAUCCUUCACCUCGCCGUUUCAAACAAAUCAAGGUCGUGCGUGAAGUUGAUUCUCGACUGCAUCAUCAGCGCCAAGGAGAGCGGGCAGCUGAGCCGGGUGCCGUCGCGUCGGGACCGGUUCCUGCGCACGCUGCUGCAGCUGGCGGACGAGAUGGACGACCUGCUCGCCCUCUUCCUCAAGCAGUUUGGCCUCGACGACGCCCCAGGCGUGUUGAAGGGGGACCAGCUGUCCCUGCGAUCGCCACGGACUGUGAUCAUGCCGUCGGCUAUCCGUCUGCCAGAGGCGCACUGGAACAACCUCUACGAAGAAGAUCGCUUGGGCGAGAAGGAUGUUGGCAAAGUGGUCCGGUUUCAGGCCAAGUACCUGAGCAUCCCAAACUUUGCCGGCCUGAUCCGCACAUCGGCCUCGGCAGAUCCCGUCUCCUGUCUGAAGGACACCGUUCUCCAUAGAUUCGUGCGCACAGGAAACGCUCAGCUGUUCGGCAAUCCGCUGCUGAAGAUGGUGUUGGACUACAAGUGGCAGGCGUACGCACGCUCCCUCUUCAUGCGGGAGCUGGGCAUCUUUGGCGGAUUUCUCGUGACAUUCACGCUGUUCUCGUUAUCGGCACCGCGGAUCGACCUGUCGACCUCUCCUGUUCUCUCCAUCUUCUCCGACACCACUACCGUCUUCAGUGUACUGCUGGCGCUGGUGAUUCCGUUCUUCUGCUAUCGCCAGCUGAAGAACGAGUACCGUCAAGUCGUUCGCAGCACCGCCGUCCGCCUUGUCUCAGGCACUGCUGCUGACGACCGGAGCGUUGGGUAUGAGGAUGACGACGACGAUGACGACGAUGAGGCAGCACUGCGCUCCGCAAUGCUGACGUCACCGCACGCCAACCCAACGGAGCUGGUGAAGGCUGUUGUGCUCGACGGAUGGAAUCUCCUGCAAUCCGGCACCGCCACCCUGGCCCUCAUCUCCGCUGUCCUCUUCCUCUUCGGCUCUCGCUGGUUCAUCCCCGUCACGUCUGCUGCGUCGUUCUUCCUCUGGCUCGAAAUUCUCUAUUUUCUCCGCGCGUUUGAAUUCACCGGCGGUCUUGUCCGCAUGGUCUUUAAGAUCUUCUACUACACCGGCCCGUUCCUCCUCAUCCUCGUCGUUGUUCUCCUCGGAACAGCCAACUGCUUCCAUGUCCUCUUCAGCACGAUUCCAUCCGAGGACGCGCUGUUUCAGAUUGACGACUCUGUGAUGGACUCCGUGUUCAAGACCUUCAAGCUGCUCCUCCUUGGCGACGGUACCGUGGAGGAGGGACUGCCCCCAGACGACGCAGUGACGGGCGUUGUAAAGCUUCUGUUCGUUGUCUUCAUGGUUGGCAUCAACAUCUUCAUGCUGAAUCUCAUGAUCAACUUGAUGGACGAUUUCAUGCAAAAGAUCAACGACGAAGAAGGCGACGCGUUCCCUUUCGAGAAAGCGCGCAUCAUCGCAGAGAUUGAGUUGAGCAUGGGUGAUGAGUUGCUGAGCAACAAGACCUUCUUCCCUCGGUGGCUCCACAUGCUCACGCCCAAGGGCGGCGAGCUCGGUGAACGCGAAGGCAUUGACGAGUGGCAGGGAACCGUCCAGGCAAUUCGCGCAGAGAACAUGGGGCUGGAGCGCCGCACCCGCGACACGCUCGACCGCCUGCAGGCGCACAUCAUCACCCACUUUGAUGCGAUGGAGAAGCGGCAGACGGACCGAAUCGGAAGUUUGGACGAUCGCGUCAACAACAAAAUCGAGGCCCUCGCUGACAGCAUGAACCGCAUGCAGGCAUACCAGGUGGCGCUGAUGGAUGCGCUCUCUGGCCAAACAGAGGCCAUUGCGCGCGCCAGGAGCCAUCGCUCAAGCUCGGGAUCCAUGCGCUCCCCCAGCGCUGCCAUCCGCUCUCGGCGCAUUCGUCCCCAGGGCAAGAGCCCAAGCGCAUCCACCGCCAGCUACAGCAUGCCGCGGUCAGACGCGCCUGACUCCGCCAACGCGUCUGUGCGGCGACGCUUCUUCAAGCAGGCGCACUCGCUCGACCAGUCUGCAUCGCUCAUCGAGCCAGACUACCACCUCGCCGAUGCCCACGCCCACACCACGCUGGUGGUGCCCAGCACUGCACCGGGCUCUCUUCACGGCCGCAGCCCCCGCGCAACCACGCCAUCGGCCGUGAUCAAAGCCGCCAGCGCGAGCGACGUGAGCAGCAGCGGAAAGGCCGCCGUGUCCCGCACCGCCAGCGGACGAAAGGGAACGAUGACACCCUCCACUGUCACCAACGGCGGCAGCAGCGAUGACCUGAACCUGGGCAGCGCUCCGGCCAGCAGUGCCAGCAGCAGCGGGACCGGUGGGCCCAGGAGCGGGUCGAGCGUGCGGCGGCGGGUGCUGCCCCCGCGCCAGAACACGACGCGCGCACAGCACUUCCGACGGGACUCGACGUUCAGUUCCGGCAGCGAUUCGAGACGCGAGUCUCGCACGCGGUCCUCGCUGUGGGAUGACGACGACGAGCUGGUGGUGUACGGCGACAAGAGCAGCAGCAGCAGCAGCGUCACGAAGGAGUCGCCGACAAAGCUGGCGCCCGUGAAUGAGGUGCCGAAUGCGGGGCGAUCAACAACGCCGCCGCCGUCGCAGCGGUCGACGAAGCGGCGGCUCGGACGCACGCGGUCAAACACGGGCGCGGGCCGGCUCUCACGGAACUUGAGCAGGAACAGCGGGCGCAAGCACGGUGAUGGUGAUGGUGAUGGCGAUGGUGAUGGUGAUGGUGAUGAUGACAACAGUGAAGAAACCGUCAACAACAACAGCAGCAGCAGCAGCAGCAAUUUGCACCCCAACGACACGCAAGCCCACAGCGCCAACUCCACGCGUGACGACAAUGAUGGCGGUGCUGAGCGGCGCGCGCGACUGCACACGCUCCGGCCAAUGGUGAGCCAACCAACGAUUGUUGCGCGAGACGAGUUUGAUGAUGACGACGACGAUCUGGCGGACGAACUGCCGGCAUCAUCGCAGACGAUUCCAGACGGAUUUGACUCGGACAAGGAAAGCAUGGUGUGACACGGCAGGACACGGCAUGCAUGACAUGACACAUCAUGAUCAUGAGGAUUGGCAAGACUUUGUUGAGUUUGCGUUCUUUGCACCACGCUACAUCCACCCACUGUUGCUCUUGGGUUGUUAAGGAUGUGUGACGCUUGUGGUUUUUCCAUUUGUUGUUAAAUGUGACAUGAUUCUGUUCCUCGGUUACAUCACUCUGUGUGGUCGUGUGCCAGUGCGUUUGCUUGUUUUUGUUUUGUUUUUGGUUGUGUUACCCUUUACCGCCUCGUUGCUUUGCGCUUUGUUAGCCCCUGUUUGCUCAUUUGCGCAUCAUUCUGUUUUGUCGUGUUAUCUUGACAUGUGUGUCGGGCCAGUCAGUUCUCGUGCUUCCUUGCUCACCACACAAAACGCACGCGCACGUACUGGCAACUGAUAUGGGAUUUGCUUUCUGUAUUGGAAGAAUUAAUCAAGGUGACCAGAA